AAAGACUUGACUAAAUACUUCCAAACCCCCACCCCAUCCCAACUCCUACAGUUCAAUCCCGUCGUAGGGGCGGACUUUAGCUGCUCCUCCGCGCCCGACCACCGCAACCACAUGCCGUUUCUCAACCCGUCUUCGAUAUUUCUCACCCACAAACCUACCAGCUUUCUCUUUUCAAUUUCUAUUCUGAAAAGGUUUUCUCCAUGUGCAAAUCAAAGAAAAUGACGAGACAAGUGAUUGAACCCACCAAGCAACCUUCUUCAGCCACCCCAAGAUCAUCUUCAUCAUCAAGGACAUCGAAGAAAUCCCAUCAGAAUUCUUCGUCAUCAUCAGGCGCGUUCAACAACUUCGUACUCCCGAGCACAGCUUCCACCUCGAGCUUCUAUAAAGACUCUCGGAGAUCCUCCGCUUCGGACCUCACAUCUCUUACCAGCCUCCGGGGUUCCAUUCUCCGCGAACAGCCCCACGUCUAUGAUUUUCAAGAAAUUUGCGCCGCGACCCACAAUUUCUUGCUCAAGCCACAUUCGUCGUCGUCGUCCUCCACCGCCUGGCGGUGUAAUAUACGUGAUCAGACCGCGAUGAUCGUUCAGCGCAGGUUCCGCCGCCAGAUGGACACCGCAGAGCUUGUGGAUCGUCUUUCGGUAAUUUGCCGGAGCCACCAUUCUAGUUUGGUGAAGUUGAAAGGUGCUUCUAUUUCUGGUAGUUACAUAUAUUUGGUUUAUGAGUAUGUUCCUGGUGCCAGUCUUGCUGAAUGUCUUAGAAAUGCUAUGAACCCUAAUUUUACGGUGUUGUCAAAUUGGAUGUCGCGCAUACGGAUUGCGUCUGAUAUAGCUCAUGGAUUGGAUUAUGUUCAUAAUUCGACCGGGUUAGGAUUUGAGUUUGUGCACAAUCAUAUAAAUAGUAGUAGCAUUCUUGUUGAGGAGCCAAUGUUGAAUGCCAAGAUUUGCCAUUUCGGUACAUCUGAGCUUUGUGGUGAGGUUGUGAAGGAUGAUAUCGGCUUUAAGGAGCUUAAGAGAUCAGAUAGUAAGAUUAAGAAGUUUGAGGGGACUAGAGGGUAUAUGGCCCCGGAGUUCCAGAGAAGUGGGAUCGUGACACAGAAGUGUGAUGUUUAUGCAUUUGGGGUUGUGAUUCUUGAGUUGUUGUCCGGGAUGGAGGCAUUGACUUAUAGAGUCGAUGAGGAGAGUGGAAGUUAUGUGAGGAUAUCGGUGGUGGAUGGAGCAAGGGAGGCGGUGGAGGGCGGUGGAGGAGGGGUUAGGAAGUGGGUUGACAAGAGGUUGAGGGACUCAUACCCAGUGGACGUGGUGGAGAAAUUGGCACGAUUGGCAUUGGAUUGUGUGAUGGAAGAUCCAGAAAGCAGGCCAGACAUGGGUAAGGUGGUGAUGCGGAUUUCUCAGAUGUUCUUGGAGUCACAGAACUGGUUGGAGAAAUUGGGUGUUGUAACUGACUUUACCAUUUCUCUGGCACCACGGUGACACCUCCUAACUUGAUGAUUUUGUACUGUCAGUAAGUUAAACUUUGAUUGAUGAGUGUAGAUUAUGAUGGAUCGACAGCUAACCAGUUGCAAUACCUUUUAUUUUCUUUCUGAAGUUGUCAUUCUGUUUCCAAAUGUCCAAUGAAAAAUACAGGUUUUUCUUUA